CCUCUUUUAAUUUUGUUACGUCAGGCUUACAGAAUUCUAUUUAAAUAUGAAUAAUCCAACAAGGAAAAGAUGGUAGUUUGUAAAGGUUAUAAAGACAAGGUCGACUGCUUGGUACGCCAACUCAACCCGAUGAUCUAAUCAGCGAGUGGAUGCGCUUUUGCAAAAACGAGUCAGGCCAAUGCGUAAAACAGCAAUACGUUGGCUGUAUUCAUGGGUAUAUAACGAGUCAGAGCUCUGAAUGACCAUUGAACAUCCAUCCCAAUGAUUGCCUGUAUAGAUUCGAGAAAUGCCAACUGAAGUUGAAUCACCUCUGAUUGUCAAUCCUUUUUGAAUUGAUUUCUCUCUCUAUACUGGACGUAUUGAUUCUCAUGGAUCCAGUAGUUUGACCUUUAGAUGCGUCCAGUUCCAACCGGCCCUUCAUUUCUGACAGAGAUGGAGUUACAUAACAUCGACAAGCUGAAAUUUUGCCUAACGCGCAAUUCGUUUCAAAAACAAUGUGAAAAUUGUACGUGAGCGGGUUUGAUUCUGUCUGAAACACUUGAUGCUAUAGAACGUAAUAGAAUCUAUUAGCUGGCCCACGCAUUUCCACCUUAAAACCCUAUGGAUAUAAUCCAUUUGACAAUGCACGGCUUGCUGCUGAGAUUGUUGCAGGCAGACGUGUUCCACACGACCCUGUAGCGACUCUUGAUGGAUGUGGAAGCCAUGAAAGAAAAAAGGUUGAUAGGUUAUCACCAUCUUGAAACCCUCCCCCCCCCCAUGGGGGAGGCCCAUUUGUUCUCGUAACGUCGUCGACGAUGUCAAGAAGAGCCCCCCCAGAACGUAAUGGAUCAUCUUUCUUGACGUACCCCAUAUACGUCUAACUCUAUAUACAUAUCAGUCAAUUUUCACUUGUCUCUUUCUUUUCUUUUUCAUUUUAUUCCUUUCCCAAGAUGAGAGUUUCAAAAGGGAAAAAGCAGCUUUGACUUGAAUGAAGGCGUCGUCCAUUGUUAGGGACUUUAUAGCCUAUACGGCUGUUUCGCCUAUACACUUGCGUCAACUCAAAAAAGGCCGUUAUUGAAUUGAAAGACAAGGUCCUCUCACCUUGUCAUAUUCACCGCCAUCGGCACACACACAACGGCCUGAUUUUGAAGUUGAAGAGGCGUACUCUCUGCUCAAAGGGUCUACGGCAAUGCAAAUCGACAUGGGUUUGGAUUUGAUUUGAUUUCUCUUAUGUUGUGCGUAUAGACUUGAUCGUUCUAAUAAUCAUUGAAAGUGUAUCGUAUCAAGACUUAAUUUGGCUCCCUGAUGUGUGGGGGGGGGCUUCAUUAAUUGCGGCCGGUGUCACACGAGACACUGUUUCGUUCUUCGCUUUGUCUUUCGUUGAUUAGCGUAACACAUAAGCCGGUGUAGUUGGCAUUAUUAGGGAGCUAAAUGAAAACAAAAAAGGAGAAGAAGAAGAAGAAGAAGAAAAUUAACGAGAAGCGAAAUAAAGAAAGAAAGAAAUUGGGAUAGAUUUGAAGGUGGAAAUGGAGAAAGAGGGAGACGGAGAGAGAGAUGUUUAGAUGUAAACGCAUUAAUCGAUCGGGAAGCCGCGGUCGGGGGGGGGAUGGUUUCUUUUGCAGUAUUGGAUUGUAUCCCUUGGCAACGGGUCGAAAGACGAAGCCGAAGGGCUCGAUACCGCAGAAUCCGGGAGAGAGAGAAAGUGAGGAAAAAAGAAGAAGAAGAAGCAAAAAGAGAUGAGGAAAUAAGAAAGGGAAGAAAAGCGUGAAUUUAAAAAAAAUAUAUAUUUGUACCUAAAUACGUAAGAAAAAGGGCGAAAGUUGUUCGAAAAGAAAAAGAGACUAGUCUUGCGUGAAGCACAAGUAUGACGUCAUUUAAUCCCAAUAGCAAUGGCUUGUUACGUGCAUAGCAUAACACAGCUCCGCAUUCGCUCCCCCCUCUGUAUGUACGCACAAUCUUUUAUUAUUAUUAUUAUUAUUUUUUCAAUCCUCUUGAAUUGCCUUUGUACCGGUGCGCUCACCGUGCCUACGCACCACUGGCUAAUGAUCAGUCCUCUUUUAGUCCCGCUAUUCAAAGCUGCACAAGCAAGCGCUGCAUACGUGUGUAUCUUUCUAUUUUUUUUUUUUUUCAUGUUACGGAGGAUGACUUCUGGUUUGGAUAGACGCUCCCCUUUUUGGGGAGUAUCCCCCCCCCCCUUUUUUUUUUAUUUUCUUUAGUCAAAGACUAACGAGAGAGAGAGAGAGAGAGAAAGAGAGAGCGCUUAUUGGAUGGUGCGGUGAGAUUGAUCUUUCCACCUAUUUCCUCUGAUCGAACUCACCCGUCCAUGUGUGUGUCCUUUUUUUUACCUAUACGCCGUACCUAUUGACCGUCAAAGGCCAAACACGUGAUUCGGAAACAUCCGAUAGGUCGGCAUUUAUUUGAUUUUUGAUUUUUUGUUUUUUUUUUUAAACAGUUUCCGCCUUUCGUUAUUGCGAAAAAAUAAAUAAUCAAAUAAAAAAAAUUAAAAAAAAUAGUUUUGAGGAUUGAAGAAAAUCAAUGGACAAUUUUUGUGUGCGUGCGUGCGAUAAGACACAGAUGGCGACAGAAGGUGUGGCACCAGUAACGACCUGUUGUUAGAGAAGAAGAUUGGAAAAGAAAAAAAAAAAAGAAAAACGCGAUGCAAAAAUUGCGUCCGCCGACAUGGCGCAGGUCUCGCACCCCGACGCCAGUCGAGAUGCGCACCGGCGGACCGGCAGCCAGUUGCCCGGCCAUCACCAGUUCAUCCAGCUUGGAUAUGGUCUCGCGUCAGGCCAGUUGCACUUGUCCAGUCGGCCAUUCGCAGCUGCUUGCAUCCGCACGCUGUUCUGAGCCCGUGCAAACACCGAAGGAGAAUCACACGUUCCUCUGUUUGCCCGUCGAUCAGUCGGCCGCCCUGCCGGCCAACAACGGCACCAACAGCACCAAAAACAAAGCCAGCCCGGCCGGCAACAACAACCGCGCUCGAUCGCGGAGUUUCGAUUUUUCGCACGACCAGGAGGAAGCGACAAAGUCGCUGUCAGUCGACCUGGGUACGAACGCCCAGCCCGAACGCGUCGCUUCCGGCGGAUCGGGGCCUCUCCUAGGGAUGUUGCGUCGCUCCUUCUCGCGUCAUUCGUCCACGUCGGACGGCCAGAGGAGCAGCCAAAGUUGUGUCACUUCGGCCGGGCCAGCGUUGGGCGGGAAUGCGUCGCUGGCCGGCAGUCUGGGCGGCGCCGUCGGAGGAGCCGGAAGCGCGGCCGGCAUCGGCAGUGCCGUUUGCAUCCAUUGUCUGUGCGUCGAAGAGUACGAACGACAGCAAGGGCAGAGCCCUCCGGCGGCCGCCCCACCGUUGCAGCCGGCCCUUUGUCCGGCCGUCGAUGAGCUGCUGUCUGAAAACGAAUACGAUUCGAACGGAUCGAGCAGCUGCGGCGAGAGCGCAGCCGACGACCCGCAUCCGGAUGAAGAACUGGACACGAGCCGCUUGUCUUUCCUCGGCCAGUCGUUCGAAUGCCGCCAGAAGGUGGAGCCCUGGAUACGGGAGAAUGAGAACCAAUUGGCUCCGGAUCCUUCGGCCAGGGCGCUCAUCCGGCGCGGACGGUCCCUCGGCCUGGCCUACGACACGUCGUCCACCGUCCUGCUGGGAGCGGCCCCGAAUUUGCGUCGGGGCGGGUCGGAAUGUCAGCCGGACGCGUGUCACCUGCAACAGGAAGAGGAGCAAGACGGCGACUCGUGGACGGAUCAGGCGCCCAGUUGCCAGAUUUCUUUCAAUUUCUCUUUCUCGUCGACGAGCGAACCUUCGACCAAUUACCAGGUGUCGGAUGCCACCGGGUCGGCCACGCCCGUCGGCGGCCGACGCAGCCCCGGUGGCAUCGGAACGCCGAGACUGGAACGCCAGGAGGCGCUGUGCUCCGGCUGGCUGGGCUCGGAGCCCAGCUUCGAGCUGCUCGUGCCUGGACAUCACUCGUACGGCGCCGAUUUGGAACACAGCCACGACGACCACAGCCGGCACGUGUCGUCCGGCUCGAGGACGCACGCCUCCAUGGAAACGCACGCUUCCGUCUCGCUGGAAGUGGACUCGGGCGCUUGCGUCGGCGGCGUCGUGCAGCAGGCGUCGCUCGAGAGCCAGUACUCGUUCCAGCUCAGUUUGGACGUCCAUCUGCCGGAAUCGACCCGCCAGCGCAUCUCCUCUUUCGAAAGCGAAACGUCGGUCGACAGUAUGGCGUCCAGCAAUGUCAGCGUCGGCGGAAUGGCCGGCGGGGGGGGCCGAUGUUCGGCCAACGGUUCCGGCUUCUUGAACCGGUCGUCGUUGCUGGCCCGCCGUAAAUGCCUGAGCGCUGGAGCCAGUCCCAGUUCGAGCCCGCCCAUUUGCCUGUCCAAUUCGCGCUACAAUUUAUGCAGCGGCGGUGGCGGUGGGCCGGCCGUCACGUCCAACAGCCGCCUGAAUCUGUGCACCGGGUCGUCGAGCGAGUACGGCGAUCAGGCCGACGUGGAAGCCAAUCCGCUUUCGCCUAGCCCGCCAGCCGAAAUUUACCUGACGGUGCCCGUCUUGGCGCCGCUGACGGCCGCCACCAAAACGGCCAACAGCGGCGCCAAUUUGCUGCUGGACAAAUCGCGUCACUUGCGCCAGCGUUUCCGGCGCCACGACUCUUCGAAAUCCUCUUCCGACAAGGACAGGGACAAAGAAUCGCCGGCCAAUUUGGCGCCUACACCGGCCACGUCGUCGACGCAGAGGUCGCUGGCUGCGUGCUCUUCGUUGAACUCGCGCAGCCUGAGCCGCAGUGGCGACUCGCUGCGGCCGCGCUCCGAUCAUUUGCCCUUCCGUUCGCGCUCCAUCGAAAUUGGCCUACCCACCGCUCACCGACAUCAUCAUCAUCAUCACCGACAUCACCACCGCACCGAGUAUCACGAUUUGGCCGGAAGCGCUCGCAGACAGCAGUGGGUUUCGCGGCUCAAAAAAAACAAUCCGGGAGAAGUCGUGAUCCAGAGCGAGAAUGGCGAGAGGCGUGUCCUACGAUCCACUCCAGAUUGGACCGAAGAGGCCAUCAACGGCGAUCACCUGUGGGUGCCCACAUCAGCAUCCGGUGAUCUCUGUCACGUUCUCGACCAAGAUUGCACGAGAUGCGGUCCGCGGAUGAAGUGCUCCGGUUGCCGCAUAGUGGCGCACAUUUCGUGCAUCCCUCAGAUGAAGUUCUUAUGCCGGCCAACAUUUUGGGAUGGCGAUUUGCGCCAGUAUCGCGAAAACACGACCACGACUCAUCAUUGGGUUCAUCGUCGAUCACAGACGGGCAAAUGCCAGAACUGUUCCAAGUCUUUUCAGUCCAAGUUGUCGUUCGGUUCCAAGGAGAUCGUGGCCAUAAGCUGUUCGUGGUGCAAAGCUGCUUACCACAACAAGGAGAACUGCUUCAACAUAGACCGGCUCAAAGAGCCUUGUUCGCUAGCCAAUCAGACGGUGAUCGUGCCACCAUCUUGGAUCGUGAAAUUGCCGGCCCGUGAGAAUUUCAAAUCCAGCCUGCGCAAGUCGCCGCGUAGCAAGAAAGAUCGGGGGUCGUCGCGCCGCAGCAAGAGAGUCGGAAGCGUUGAGAAACCUGACCAAGCGGAGAAAGAAAGUUACACGGGCAACGGCAGCCUGCGGGCGUUCGUCGUCAAGCCGAUCCCGAUGGCCGGCAGUCGGCCAAUCAUCGUCUUCCUCAAUCCGAAAUCGGGAGGCAACCAGGGAGCUAAACUGAUGCAGAAAUUCCAAUGGCUCUUGAAUCCACGACAAGUUUUCGAUCUUACCCAAGGAGGACCACGUGCUGGAUUGGAGAUGUUCCGCAAAGUACCCAAUCUUAGGGUAUUGGCUUGCGGUGGAGAUGGUACUGCUGGAUGGGUCCUGUCCAUCCUCGACCAGAUUGACAUCAGUCCCGCGCCUCCUGUUGGCGUCCUACCGCUGGGCACGGGAAACGACUUGGCCAGAGCUCUCGGAUGGGGAGGGGGCUAUACGGACGAGCCGAUUUCCAAGAUAUUAACAUCGAUGGGUGAAGCCGAGCCAGUGAUGCUAGACCGCUGGGAAUUACAAGUGGAAAAGAAUCCCGACGCUCCGCCAAGCGGAGAUGAUUCGGGCAAUCAGCAUCCAAGCAGAGACACUUUGCCGCUGAGCGUUGUUAAUAACUAUUUCUCGUUCGGCGUCGACGCGCAAAUUGCGCUGGAUUUUCACGAAGCUCGCGAGGCUCAUCCUCAGAAGUUCAACUCGCGAUUGCGGAAUAAAAUGUUCUACGGCCAGGCCGGUGGCAAAGAUUUGCUGCAGCGCAAAUGGAAGGACUUGUCGGAAUUCGUAACGCUUGAAUGCGACGGCAAGGACAUCACGGCCAAGUUGAGGGAGCAGAAGGUUCACGCUGUUCUCUUCCUAAACAUCCCGAGCUACGGAGGUGGUACGCACCCCUGGAAUCGGGCCCAUGGUCAAGAAGCAGCUACCGACGAUGGACUCAUCGAAGUUGUGGGAUUAAAAACAUAUCAAUUGCCUUUGUUACAAGCCGGUGGCCAUGGAACAUGCCUGGCGCAGUGUCGGACAGCUCGAAUUGUUACACGCAGAACGAUCCCGGUGCAGGUCGAUGGCGAAGCGUGUCGUUUAAAUCCAUCGAUCAUUGGAUUGCAGCUUCUGAAUCAAGCGCCAGUGUUGGCCAAAAGAAGGGCCGGUUUCGAACCGAAUCCGGCUCCCGUCGUCGAGCAGCUCAAGAUGCAAGUGAAGCGUAUCAGCAUGGCAGACUACGAAGCGAAUCAUUACGAUAAAGAAAACCUGCAAGCAUCAGCCACGCCUUUGGGAAGCAUAUCUGUCUCGCAUGAUGCUGUCCUGGAACACGUUCGCAAGCUGGUCAAUCAUCUUCUAGAACAACAAGCAGUGGGCACAAGCAGCAGUCCCGUCGGACCUCACGGUGGUGGCUCACCACCAACCAAUGGCGGCGAUGUUGACAAACUUUGCCCCGAUUGGUGUUUUAUUGACUGUUGUACGGCGGAACGCGUUUUUCGAGUCGAUUCAGGGCAGGAACAUCUGCAUUACAUCACCGACAUAUCAACCGAUUGUUUGUACAUUUUAGAUCCAGUCUCGUCAGUAGACACGGAAAGCCACGGGUUGAUGGAGAGCGGACCGAACGGCGCCAGCAACUUGUUGGAUGACGCGGGACUCGAGGACAUGGUUAACUUGGCCAAUAGUCAGCUGCAGCAGGAAUUACACCAUUCAAAUAAGAUGGAGAGAAAGAACAUUGUGGAGAAAGCUGAAAACGUUUCGCCCCAACCGCCGGAGAAUGUUGUCGCUCACGACAAUUUCCUUUUACCCAUCAAUGUCAAAAGCGUUUACGGCGAUAAAUUGCCCAUCUUUUGUCCACGUAAAAGUCCGUUGCUAGAAAAAUCAUCGAGCAGCAUUGUGAAGGCGGCCAAGGAUGGGGACUUGAAAAAGCUGAAGGAUCUUCACGCAUCAGGCUACUCGCUGCUCUCCAUCGACGCUCAAGGACAAACUGCUUUGCACUGGGCGGCUCGACAUGGACAUCGCGAUGUUAUUAAAUAUUUACUCGCUUCGUCCCCGAGUGCCCUCCUGGACAUGGUCGACAAUGAAAAGGGACAGACAGCAUUACAUAAGGCUGCGUUAGCCAGGCAACGUGCUAUCAGCUGCAUGUUGGUGGCAGCCGGAGCUAGUUUGUCAUUGGCCGACAAGGAGAGACACACUCCGCGUAAUCUGGCAGAACGAGCCGGAGAUGCUGACUUGGCAAUUUAUCUUGAAAGUCAAGAGAACUUUCACAAAAACGCCGCAGAUAACGUGGAGACCUCGGUUUAGAGUUCACGAACAUUUGAAGUCGUGUAGGCGAAUCGAUCUGUCACGAUCGGAAGAAGAAAUGAAAGCAUUUCUUGAUCUCACUAUAUAGCUACGUUUUUUUUAAAGAUUUCAUUCCAAUAUCCCCUCCAUGACUGUCCUUAUGAAUGUGAAUGUAAGUAUGUGUGAUUCCCUAAUCCAUUUCCAAUUUUGUUGAUGGUUUCCAUUUAAGCGUGGCGCCAGUUAAUCGGUCGGUGUAAAUAAUCCUAGUUGCGAAGAAUAUCAGUUAACGCUAUUUUCGGGGGACCCAUGGAAUUUUUGGCAGGGCUAUAAUCGUCUUACAGUUUUUUUUUUUGCACUCUGUUUGGGAAAUUUAUUUGCAACUACCCAACCACUAUCACAUCUAUCUCCGUAUAUACAUAUACAUGAAAGUUCUUUGUGUCGCCCGUGAGCAAAUGAAAGUGGAGAUAACAACAUAAGAAAGUCAUGAAAGCCUUUUCGACAAGCCUUUUAAGCAAUCCCAUUCUUCCACGAGAGUAUGAUAUCAAUAAAAAUUCAAAUCCUCUUUAUUUCUACAUAUCCGCAUCCUUUUUCCUUUGGCAGUCCUCUUAUUGUUUCUAACUGUUUGUCCCGCGUCCCGCCUCCUUCUCUCAUCUUUCACCUAGAUGCUAAUUUUUCCCCUUGAAAAAUGUUUACGAAGUCGAAAUUGAUUUAGCUUAGCAUAAUUCAGAUUUUUUAUAUCUUGGGGUUACAUUCGUAUUGCCAACUGUUAGUUUUCGCGAACACGUUUAUUCCUCUCAUCAAACCUUACGUAUUUUUCAAUGAAAUUUUCAUUCUCGUGAAUGUCCCAGUUUUUUUGGCCCGAUGAUUGUUUAACCGCUUAGUCUGUGCUUUAGUCCAUCCUCCUGAUAUAAAAUUUUUCGUGAUUUCACCAUGUUAGAGCUCUUGGUAUACUCUUCCAAAAGGUCGGUGGCUAAAUUGAAAAACCAUUUUCCCAUAAUGGAAUCAUGUAAGUUGUUGUGCAACCCUUUAAACUCUCAAUUCAUUAUUUUCAUCAAAUUUCCCUACGAUAAUAGUAGGUGCCUUGCUCUCUACCACUUGUUCACGAUCCCUUCACUAUUUUUCAUUGCCCUUUUUGUCGAAUAUAUAUUACAAUAUAUCUCGUCUCCGACGAGUUAGUUUUUUUCUUUGUAUGGAUCUGCGUACCAACAUACACUCACCGCAUUAAAAUGUCUGAUCAAUUUCGUCCUAGUGGACAUUGUUUUCCUCAGUGUUCUUUUCAUUUGAUACAUUCAGAUCAUAUUUAUUCUAUGCAUCAGUUUCUAUACACGAUCGGGUUGGUACUCUCUA